CUGCCAACGCGGGGUGCAUCUGGUAGCGGUUGUCUCAGUGCUUUCCUCACGGGACCAGGAAGAUCUUGGGUACUUCCCCCGCACUUGCAAAAGGUUACAACAGAAGAGGUUCCGAAGCCUGUUUUCCAAACUCUGAUACUGUCUGCCAGAGAAAAUCAAUCAGCUCUCCCUGGAAGGACGAGCGUUACUUCAGGAGAGUCCACAGUUUUAUGUGUGAGCAGGAUGGAGGCUGACCUGUCUGGCUUUAAUAUCGAUGCCCCCCGUUGGGACCAGUGCAGUUUCCUAGGGCGGGUGAAGCAUUUCUUCAAUGUCACGGACCCCCGCACCAUCCUGGUACCGGAGUGGGAGCUGGACUGGGCCAAAGUGAUGGUGGAGAAGAGCAGGAUGGGGACUGUGCCCCCGGGCACGCGAGUGGAGCAGCUGCUCUAUGCCAAGAAGCUGUACGACUCGGCCUUCCACCCUGACACCGGGGACAAGAUGAACGUCAUUGGGCGGAUGUCCUUCCAGGUCCCCGGGGGCAUGAUCAUCACGGGCUUCAUGCUCCAGUUCUACAGGACGAUACCGGCAGUGAUCUUCUGGCAGUGGGUGAACCAGUCCUUCAAUGCCUUAGUCAACUACACCAACAGGAAUGCAGCUUCCCCCACGUCGGUCAGGCAGAUGGCCGUUUCCUACAUCAGUGCCACAACCGCUGCGGUGGCCACUGCUGUGGGCAUGAACACAUUGACAAAGAGAGCCCCGCCCCUGGUGGGCCGCUGGGUGCCCUUUGCCGCUGUGGCUGCGGCUAACUGUGUCAACAUCCCAAUGAUGCGACAGCAGGAACUCAUCCAGGGCAUCUGCGUGAAGGACAGGAACCACAAUGAGAUUGGUCAUUCCCGGAGAGCUGCGGCCAUAGGCAUCACCCAAGUGGUUAUUUCUCGGAUCACCAUGGCAGCCCCUGGCAUGAUCCUGCUGCCGGUCGUCAUGGAAAGGCUGGAGAAACUGCGUUGCAUGAAGAGAAUCCGGGUGCUGCACGCCCCAUUGCAGGUUCUGCUGUCCGGGUGUUUCCUCAUCUUCAUGGUGCCAGUGGCAUGUGGGCUGUUCCCGCAGACAUGUGAAUUGCCAGUUUCCUAUCUGGAACCAGAGCUCCAAGACACUAUCAAGGCCAAGUAUGGAGAACCUGUGCCUUAUGUCUACUUCAAUAAGGGUCUCUAAAUGCCCCACCCCAGCAAGCACCAGUCCAUACCCAUAUUUACCAGCUCCUCCGUAGCCACUGUGGAUUCCCAUGCCUCAUUCCUCUUUGCCAACAGGGCCUGUAGGCCAGGGUGGAUUUGGGGGGAUGGGGGUGGGGAUGGGAGGAUGCCUCAUGCUUCUACCCAGGCACCUGGGUUUAUUGGACUCCAGGGGAUAAACGUGAACUAGGUGUGGGGGGAGGCCAAGUCUUCUAUCUGCUCUCCUCUAACCCCUGUCCCCUGGAGACCAGGAGCUGAGACCCCCUCGGGGAGAUGGUGCUGAGACCUCGGGGUGACACUCAAGCAAACCGUUUGGAAAAGUUAGGAAACCUUUGGGAUUCUGGUUCCAGCCAGGAUUGAGGAAGGGUCCCUCUUCUCUUCCUCCUCAUCGGCUCUCAGGCAAGGGAACCUUUCACCUGUGUAGUUCUGGCUCCUUCAGGAAGGGGGAGGGAAGAGGCCAGGUCACCUUGGGGCCCCUCUUUGCUCUUCCCCACUCUCCUCCCAGGGCCCCCUGGUCAGAAAGCUUCUCUGGGAGCCUUGCUAAACUUGAGUUUAUCAGGCACCCAGGAGUUUUAGUGCAAAAAAAAAGGACAUUGUGUGAGGCAGCAGAGUUUUGUGGCGCUUCAAGCCCUACCUGUUGACACUGGCUUUGUUCUCCUGCCCCUAAAAUCAUAUCUGAUUCUAUUUCUCUGUGUCUAAAAGAUAAAUCCACUGACUGUGAGUAAAAAGGAUGUAGGUAGGCAUUAACCACAUGUGUUAGUGGGUAUAAUUUCCUGGCUACCUCCCUUCCUCAGCCCACUGGGUUAAACACCAAAGAAAGACUGUUGUGUACUGAAUAGGAAAGGGAAGUUUUAUUUGGAUGCCUCUGAGAGGAAAUCAACCAGGACCAAAGAGCCUUAAAGGACACACAGCAAAGCGCAGCCGCUCGCCCUUCCCAGUCUGGCUGCUCUAGGUUAUUUCUCAGGCCCUUGGGGGAGAGGGGGCUGUUGUGGCUGACCUGGGGCCAUGUCUGUAUGAGUUUUGUGUAGCAGAAUUUACUGACUGAUCAAAGGAUAUCACUGUGAAUUGAAUGCAUUUCUUGAAAGAGCACAGCGAACUGUCUGCACACUGAGUUAAUAAAGCCUGGAUGGAAAGCAGGAUCUGGUUUUACUUUGGCCUUGGUGUGGAGGAGGGUAUCACAACUAUAAGGGGAAACUGUCUGGUGCCCUGAGGCCAUUGUUCAUCUCCCUUAUUAUGGAGGAAAAAUCCACCUGUCUUUGCUUGAGGCUCCAGAGAUCUCCCAGUGUGGGCGUGUGUUGCUCUGGAGGAGCGGGGGGCAGGGAGUUGGCAAACCAUGGCUCUGGGGUCCAAAUCUGCCUGGUAUCUGUUUUUGUGUGUUUGGGAACUAAGAAUGACGUUUACAUUUUUUAGAAGUUGUGAAAAAGAAAAAGAAUAUGUGAGACCCUGUGUAUGUGGUAUGCAGAGCCUGAAAUAUUUACUGUCUGGCCCUUUACACAAAAAGUUUCCCCUACUCUGGAGUAAUGGUCCUGAAGAACAUGCAUGAGGUUCACCGGGAGGGCUUCUCAAAACAUGGAUUAUAGGGCCCCAUUCCUAGAAUUUCUAAUUAUGUGGGUCUGGGAUGGAGCUGGUGAAUUUGUAUUUCUGGUAAUUUCCCAGUGAUGCUGAUUCUGUCAGUCUGGGGACCACUUUGAAGGAGCACUGCUCGAAAGAGAAAGGGCCUCCUCUCUGAGGUCAGGAUACUGGCUGCAAUUUGAUUUUUCCCCCAUUUAAAAUAAUAAAAUAUAAUUCACGUGACAUAAAAUUCAUCCUUUUAAAGCGUACAAUUCAGUGGUUUUUAGCAUGCUCACAAUGUUGUGCAACUGUCAUUACUCUCUAAUUCCAGAAUAUUUUCAUUACCCCUGAAAGAAACUGUACUCAUUAGUAGUCACUCAUUACCCUCAUCCC